AUGUUCCCCGUUCUACGACCGCGAGAAAUUCGUUAUGUUCGCUUCGAGAAUCCUAGUCCAGGACCUGGAGGCAAUGGCGGCGGCCCUGGUCGAAAACAGCUGCUCGCUGAGAUCAGCCCACCAAUAAAGUUCCUGGCAUUCGUGUUGGGAGUAGGCGGGGUCUACUAUGUUACACAUUUGGAACAGGUCCCACACACUGGACGAUGGAGGUUCAUGGCCGUCGGCCCACAAACUGAGGCCCAGAUUGGCGAAACCGUUCGUCGGCAACUUUACCAGACCUCGGGCAAUCGAAUUCUUCCUCCAAACCACCCUAUAACGCGCCAUGUACGACGCGUCGUGUCGCGCAUUUUGACGGCCUCCAAUCUGGGCACCCUGCGCGGGGAGAAACGACCUGAAGAUACUAUGUUUGGAUUUGGGAACGUCUUUGGUGGAUUUGGCGGGUUCUCGACUCCUGAUUCUGACUUUGGUGCUGCAACCCAGCCAAACGAAUCCUACGGCCCAGAGAAGGAAUGGGAUGUCAUUGUGGUGAACGACAGGAACAUGGUGAAUGCGAUGGCUGCCCCCGGUGUGGUCGUCGUCUUCACUGGAAUCUUGCCUGUAUGCCAGGACGAGGAAGGUUUGGCUGCUGUCCUUGCACACGAAAUUGGCCACAUCGUGGCGCGACAUCAAGCAGAACGCUUAUCCUCAGAGGCCAUUUGGACGGGCGUGGCCCUUGGCCUUAGAGCACUUGGCCUCGACUGGUUCGUCUCUCGGUCUAUAUCGACCCUCUUCCUCGAGCUGCCCAACUCCCGGCUUCAAGAGCUAGAGGCGGACCUCAUCGGUCUCCGCCUCAUGUCCAGGGCAUGCUACAACCCAAGUGCUGCCCCUGCCAUGUUCGAACGCCUAGGCAAAUUGGAACAGGCCCUCCCUUCGCUCGAGUUCAUACGGACACAUCCUACGUCGGAGAACCGUGCCAAGAUUUUGGAGAAGGCGCUUCCGGAAGCAUAUCGUAUUUUGGAAGAUAACCCUGAGUGUAUUGAGGUUCGGAAACAGAUUAAUUCGCUCCUUGAGAGUGCUAGAGCCAUUCGGAUUGAUGAUAUGGGUGGUAUAGAACGACUGUAG